AUGGAGACUGCACCGCUCACCUUGGCUCAUACCCACGCCCGCAACGCCGUCCUAGAGACGCGCAAAGCCAAUCCCGUUGCAGCGAGCGAGGAACAUGACUUGGCUGCUGGUGAAUUCGCAACAGCUGCACAAAACAGUUCCGACCGUGAGCAACAUCAUAAGAAGCUCGCUCAAAUCCUUCGCUUUCAACAUGAGAAUCCAGUCAGUACUAAAUCCGCUGCCACUGCGCAGACGGGAGCUGGAGAAUCAGAAACGACCAAGCUAUCCCCGAGCUUGCCAGAGCAAGCGCAGCAACAGCAGCAGCCGCCGCCGCCGCCGCCUAGGUUGGUUGGCAACACUCGGUUACCGGCUAGAGAAACCUCCUCCAUUGCCAGCAACUUGGCCUCUGCACGAGGAAUACCGUCUCAACCCCUCCGUCCUUCUCCCGUCUCCCCCACUGUAUCCUCGCAACAGGCAGGGGCGAGGAUGACCGAGGGUCCCAGCAAGCUGAAGACCGGAGAGUCAAGAUUACGAGGAACGCAAGCCCACAAUUUAAGGGACCGUCCGAGCGGCGUAUCUGCGUCAAAACAACCCUGGUCCCCACCGGUCACCAGUCCUACCGGAAUCACAACUCAGCAAUUCGUGCCGCCGGAAGCGGUCGAAUCAAGUCGGCAGAAGAGCAAAACUGCACCAUCCGAGGAGCCCUUCCAACGAUUCUAUUCGACCUUUGAAGGCCUCAUCUCCAAGAUUUCCGCGCCUCUAGCAUUUGCCGGUCUGCCGCUUGGAACAGAGGCAUCCACGCAGUCCGACUCUGCAAGACGCAAAUCAUCCGCUGCCGACACCAAAGUCGAUCGCCAUCAAGCAACUUCAGAUCGACUGGGUCAGUUCACCGAGCCAGACGUCAGCAGGAUUUUCUCCCGCGCCGCCCUCCGCGCAAUCCGGGACUCAAAUGGCAAUGGGGCGGGGAACACCGCAGAAUCAUUCUACGUUGUGCCUACCACAGGCGGCACAGUCUCAUACGCCGGCAUCCUCACCCGAGCCGAGAAGGAAGCCCGACGCAACAGCCUCGAUGAGGCGGACGAUGACUUUGUCGAUGCGCGCGAGACUCCCGCAUCGCCUGAGUUACGCCAGAGUCUAACGGGCUCACGGGGCCGGGCGAGUCGUGCUGCGGACAAACUCACCACCCUGCAUAACCCCAAGACCAUGGAGGAACUACAGAUGGAGAAUCAGGCGCUCAAGCAUCUAUCCGAUACCCUUUCCAAACGGCUGCACAUGUGGGAAGUCAACGCGCAAUCGUCUUCCAUGGCUCUGCAGCAGUCCCUGAAAGCAAUGCACCACCACACCGGCCCGUGGCCCGACCACGCUUACGGUGCUCAGGGCUCCUCCGCUGCUGUGACUCCCUCCGCUGCAAUGGACUCCGACCAGCGUAUCAAGGAACUGGAAGAGCGCAUGCGCCGCAACGAGAAAGAGCUGGAGCGCGUCCGCCGUGAGAACGAGAAACUCCGGGACGUCUUGGGUCGCUACCGAGAACGAUGGGAGAAAUUGAAGGAAGGAGCGAAGACUAGACGGGCGGAGGGUAGGGCUGCUGCGGGCCCUUCUUCUACAGCGGGUACAGUCGAGAGCAGUGACAAGCCCGGAGCUACUCCUAAUCCGGAUUCCAAUCCGCAGGAGCAGGCUGAGAGCGCCAAGUCAAAAUCGGAUGGCGACAUGGAGAAUGAAAGUACAGGGCCGGAGGCGAAAGGGGAUGCCUCUGAUAGCUAG